AUGAGGUGCUCCAUCUCUACACAGCACCUGGGUGGUACAUUCACCCUACAGCAGCUCUCUGGGUCAUUUAGAGAGACAAAGAUCUCCACUGGAGCCUCUGCCCUCUUCACCAUUCCUCAAGUGGACUUUAUCCAUGAAGGAUCCUACUACUGCCAGUAUGCAACAAGGGUUUCCACACGUGAAUUCACAUCCCCCCAAAGUGCUACCGUCAGCCUUUCUGUAAUAGUGGUGCUUGUGCAGCCCAACAUCUCUCUCAGUGCCCCAGAUGGAGGGCUGUUCUGGGGGCCUCAGGGGCCAGAGGUGACCAGGGGCCACAGUCUCUCCCUCAUCUGCUCUACUGAGCCACAGCACCAAGGAGGCUCCUUCCACCUCAUCUUUGAUGGGUCUAACAGGACCAGGACUCAGCUCGCCAUCAACCACUCAGCCUCCUUCUACAUUCCUGAGGCAGACUACUCCCACCAGGGCAACUACAGCUGUGUCUAUGAGGUCACUGUGUCCAGCCGCACAUUCAAGUCAACACAGACAGCACCACUGACAGUCAUCAUAAGAGCAUCUCUGGCUCCCAUCAUUGCAUCUGGAGUGAUUUCAGGGUUGUUCCUACUGUUGCUGAUCCCUGCCAUCCUGUACCUGGUGAAGAAAAAACAUUUAGGUUCUGCAAACACAUACAGAUUUCACAAUGGACCAGGUGAGUCUCGUGAUGAAGUUGAGAACAUAUAUAUCUAUGGAGACCUGGAAGAAGACAUGAAUGCAGAAGAGCUGCAUGGCCCAACUGUCAUAGACAACGACUAUGAUGAGGAUGACUAGCAAAGGUUGAUCUAGCAAAACUAUAACUAAGACUGGUUUGAUAUAUUUGGAUUUGAAAGCGGUUCUGUCAGUAUCCCUGUCCUGAGACUCACUUGUUCACUUGUAGCCCUCUGCUGGCCCUCUCUGUGUUUUGACUGUCUCCGUCUGCCUUUGGUUUGGUCCACCAUGAGCUUUUUUCUCCUUCCUGCCAAUUUUGAUCCCCACCCCAUUGUGAUCAAUUAGCCGUAUAGUACAGCACUCACUGAUGCACUUACUGUACUCUACCGUUUUUAAAUUGUCCUAAAAUUGU